AUGGCCAGUCCUUCGCAAUCAAAUGUGGGGGCUCCUGCUCCAUUCCCCGCGAUCAGCCUGUCUCCUCUAUUGAAGACGAGAAAGCCGGCGAUACACCUGCACGAAGUGGUAGAGUUAUACAUGCAGAGCCAGAAGAGUGGGCUGGAUGGAACAAUACACAGAGCGCUGAACACAAAUGAUCCACGAGUGAAGCUGGAUCCAAAUAGACACAAAUGGAGACCUACAGAGACAGAAGAGGCAGACCUGGAAGCGCUGUACAGCGACAUAGAAGGAGACAAGAGAGAGUUCCUCAAGGCCAUGGAUCUAUAUGAAUCUAACGCUGAGCCUAAAUAUAAAUUACACAUUAAUAUGAAAGACACACACAGCAUGAAUGAUGUUCUGGAGUCUAUUGACGAAGCAAGAAAGAAAUAUGAUGAAAAAGAAGUUGGUGUAUUCGGAUCGAUAAGAAAAGCGUUCAGAAGACUAGGAGAUAAGGAAAAUGUGUGCAACACCUGGUUGGGCUUGUUGCCUGGUGACUCUGAAUAUUUCUCUAUUAUUUGUGGAGGACUUAAGAUGAUAUUUGGGGCUGCAGGACAUCUUCGGAAAAUCAAUGAUGAAAUCGUCAACGCCCUAGUUGAACUUCCCACCAUACUAGGUAGGAAUCGGCGGAUGAUUGUAGUUCACAAAGCAUCAACAGAGCUCCGGAACCUAAGUUCCGCUCUCUAUGUUGCAAUACUACAUGCAAUGAGCCACAUCCUCAGUUACUACCGAGAGAGGCUUUUUGUGAAGAGUCUGAAAGUUCUUGCGACCCAGACCUCUUUUCAAAGGGAGCUCCUAAUAAAAAUAAGUGCGAUCAACCAGUGCAGUGACGCAAUCGGCAAGGAAGCAGAAUUGUGCGGCAUGGAACUCACAAAACAGAUACACAAAGAAGCUAUAUUGAUUAGGAAGAUUUCAGAGGGUGUUUACGAGAAAACAGGAGCCAUUUCAGAGCAAACAGGAGAAAUCUCCCAAAAGACAGAUCACUUGACUGUAUCCGUAGAAGACUUGCGUCUGCGGACUGAAAAGGCAGAGAAACGAGCUAUAAUGGCAGAGCAAAAAUCAAAAGAAUACCACGAAGAAACAUGCCGAGCUCUAAAUCUUCUCACAAGCUUGUUUAUGAAGCAGCCAGAACUGGCUAAGCAAGCGGCUGAGAGGGAUUCAAGUACGCCUUACAACACACCACAUAAAAUACCACAAUCGGCGGUAACAGCAAUGGAUUCCAAAGCGGCAAGAAAACUUCUCCUAGCCCGCUUGAGUUAUGGCAGAGAAACGCCCCGGGCAGACUUGAGGUCUAACCUGCGACAUGCCUUGAGCCUCUCUAUUGGAGACCAAGACAGAGCUGUUUAUGUGAUGCAGUCAACAGCACUGCAGCUGUGGCUCCAAGAAACGACAUCUUCUGCACUUCUCGUGAAUGGUGGCGCACAUAGCUCAGGUCUCCGCUCACCCAUGAGCUUUGUUUCUGCCAAAUUGGCAAACUCUCUGCGUGAGGCUAGGAAACAAGGGCCUGCCAAUAUCGACUCUAACAUCAUUGAUCUCCAUUUCUUCUGCGGAGAGCAUUCCAAUUGGAGAGACGGCGAGGAGGACGAUAUGCCCGGGCCUGCAAGUGUAAUAAACAGUCUUCUCGCGCAGUUACUGACCCAGUACAAGCAUUUUGACGUGGCUUCCAUUAAGCACUUGAAAAAGCUGGAAUGGCACGACCUUAAAGCGAUGGGGAACAUUCUUGGGAAGCUUCUCACGCAGCUGCCCAGUAGAAUGAUGGUGUUUUGUAUCAUUGACGGCCUUUCGUUUUAUGACGACGAUGAUAUGGUUGAAGAUCUCGAGAAGCUCGUGAAGAAGUUGAUCAAUUUGACGAGGCGAGGGUCUGAUGAAAAUUGUAUGUUCAAGCUCUUGCUCACAGUCCCCACCAGGCUUCGUUUAGAUGCAGUUGGCAGCUUAGACGAGGAGGGUGAAGUACUCGAUGUACCAGAGAUUAUCGAUCGAGGAGGCGGUUUCAAUGAUAUGCAGUGGGACCUUGGAGCUGGACAGGACGUUGCAGAGCUGGCCGGGCUUGCGAUUGAUGUCGAUUGA